GAUCGCUGAAAGGAGACACACGAAAUAAAAGAUUAAAAAACAUACAGUAUGUCAAAAAAGAAACCUCUAAGUGCUGAGGAGAAGCGCACAAAAAUGUUAGAACUCUUCCAUGAAUCACAGGAUGUGUUUCAAUUGAAAGAUUUGGAGAAAAUUGCUCCCAAAGAGAAGGGAAUCACUCAGCAAUCGGUUAAAGGAGUUGUGACCGAGUUGGCCGAUGAUGGAAUUAUUGAUUCUGAGAAAAUUGGAACAAGCGUUUACUAUUGGGCUUUUCCAAAAAAGUCAAUCAAUGAUUUAAGGAGCAGACUUCGAGAAACAGAGUUUGCGAAUGUGGAAGCUGGUCAGAAAGUCAAAGAACUUGAAGAGUCUCUAAAAAAGGCAUCUGAAGCUUUGGAAAACAUUGACGAAGUGACAAAAAUUCAGAACGAAGUAACUUUACUAAAAGUUGAAAAGACCGAAUUGGAAAAGGAACUGAAUAGUUUGGGGGAAAAUGAUCCAGAAUUAUUGGCAGCAAAAGAAGAUGAAAUAAAGAAACUAUUUGAAGCGGCAAAUCGCUGGACAGACAACAUAUUCUAUAUCAAAUCAUGGUGUAAGACAAAAUUUGGCAAAGAGGAUAAAGAAUUGGACAAAGGAUUUGGAAUACCAGAAGAUUUAGAUUAUUUACAAGAAUAAAAUGUAUAUA